AAUUUAUAAUAACAGCAUCUCGGCAAUCGCAUUUAGUACAUUACAUAAUCGCUUUCGUCACAAUAUAUAACAAAGUUGUCAUCGAUUCGAUUGGUAUCUUAAAGUAAUUAAAGUCACAUGGAUACAGAGAUGAGCGCUGGUUCGCCGACUCCUAAUUGUGUAAAAGGAUAUCAAUUCACCAAUUGGUCGAAAACAUUCGAAUGCAGUCCCGAACUAUAUUUCGAGCCAUCAAAUUUAGACGAAAUUCGCGAGAUUCUUAAUCAAGCCUCAAGACAAAAGAAAAAAGUUAAAGUUGUUGGCAAUGGUCAUUCACCAUCAGAUAUUCAAUGUACUUCUGAUUACAUGAUCUGCUUGAGAAAAUUCAACAAAAUUAUUGAUGUCAAUAAAGAGACUCAACAAAUCAAAGCACAAGCGGGUACAACACUUCAUGAACUUCACCAAGAAGCCCUAAAACAUGGACUAGGAGUUUCACCAAUUCCUUCAGUAUCUCAUAUUUCACUCGCUGGUCUAAUUGCAACAGGAACACACAGCACUGGUGCCAAUUAUGGUAUCUUAGCAACUAAUGUUACAGAGAUGACAUUGAUGGAUGCCAGAGGAGAAAUCGUUAAAUGCAACGACAAGGUGAAUAAAGAUAUAUUUGACGCGGCCAGGUGUCAUGUUGGAGCAGUAGGGAUUAUACUGGAUAUAACGUGGCAAUGUGAGAAAGCGUAUCGAUUGUGCUCAAAGCGAAUGGCGGGAAAGUUAGAUGAGGUGCUGGAUAGACUUGAGAAUGCUCUGUCACAGACUGAACAUUAUAAAUUCCACUGGUGGCCUCAUACGAAUCACGUUGCUGUCUGGGAUGUGGUUAAGACUGAUAAGCCUGUGAAGAUAAAAAGUAGUUGGUUUUGGGAUUACCUGAUUGGCUUCCAUCUCCUACAGUUCGUGUACUGGCUGAGUACUUUCUUCACGUGGCUGGUGCCGUACAUCAACAAAUAUCAUUUUACGUGGUUGAAAUCGCAGCCUGAAGAGGUGGUUGACGAGGCAGAGAAAAUUUUCACAUUCGACUGUCUUUUCGCGCAGUACGUCAACGAAUGGGCGAUUCCAAGAGAAAAAACACCAUAUGUUUUAAGACAAUUAAAGAACUGGCUGGAUGAAUCACAUUUUUACGCACACAUGCCAGUUGAAGUAAGGUUUGUGGCGAAAGAUGAUAUUUAUUUGAGUCCUGCGUUUGGAAGAGACGUCUGUUUCAUUGGAAUCAUAAUGUAUCGGCCGUAUGGUAAAUUAGUCGCACAUGAGGAUUACUGGAAUUUUUACGAAGACCUUAUGCUUUCUGCUGGAGGUCGACCACAUUGGGGAAAGGCACAUAAGCUUGGUUUCCAGGCCCUGCGAAAAAUUUACCCAAGCUUCGACGAUUUCCGCAAUGUCUGCGCCAAACUCGAUCCAGACCGCUUGUUUGUGAACGAAUAUCUAGAAAGAACACUUUUCCCGCCAGAACUGAAAUAAUCAUCAGUUCCAGUGUUUUUUGUUAUCCCUCGUGCACAAAUUGUCGAACUUUUGUCGUAAUUGUCGUGAACAUGUCUCUCUUGCCGAUUUGGAUUAUGUACGUUGUAUGAAAAAAAAUUGUUGAAUUUUAACCAUAUAUAAUAUAUGGCAAGAAUUCGCCAAUUCUAACCCAGUAUUUUGGUGUUAACUUCAAUUUAACUACGCAAAAUGUCCUACCGUUUGCAAGCUACCGCCGUGAACCGUGUCGAAUCAAACGUUUUGUUUUUCAUUUAAAAAACCGUUUAAGUUGUUGGCUUCCGGUUACGUUUGCGUUGGGUAAGCGUCAUGUUCUAUAGACAAAAAGUACGAUUUGCUCGCUCAAAAGUUGUACCUUGGAAAUUUAAAUUUACAAUGAUUCAAGUUAAAAUGUUGUCUAACAAAGAAAGAUGUAAAGUGAAAACCUAUAUGUUUGACAUCGGUAAUGACUAACAAUUGUUCAAAAUGUCGAAUAGGAUAAAAUUAAAAAUGUUAUAAAGCGUUUUGUUAGUGAACUUAUAGAAUGUAACGUUUGGGAAAGCAAACGUCACCGAAAAUAAACGUUAAAACGUCUUUGAUGGACUUUGGUUCACGGUAGUUUGCAUGCAAACGUUAGAAGUUAAGAUUUUCAUACAACCGCCUGAAGAUGUAUACAUUUGUGUUGUCGUCCAUUAUGUCGACCAUUUUGACAUGUUCACGGUGAUUGCAUGAUUAAGUGCAUGGAGACGAGACUUUGAAAUUUUGAAGACGUGACCCUCGAACAAAGACUUUUAUUUCUAAACAAUUUUUCACCAAACCAGGAACAUAAACAUCUUGAACAUAGAUAUGCCUGCAGACAGGCAUGAACGUUGAGAGGAAGGUAAAUAUCCCAGGGAAUAUAAUAUAAUACUUUUGUCA